AAAACUGGUGCCCUGUACGUUAACGAGAGAAUAGAUCGAGAGGAACUCUGCGGCGCUGAACCAAAAUGUUCUCUUGGCGUAGAAGCAGUAAUUAAUAAUCCUUUAAAAUUGUACCGAAUUGAAGUCAUAAUUUUGGAUGUGAAUGAUAAUUCCCCGUCAUUUAUCAGCACGCCACAGGUAAUUAAUAUAAGUGAGAGUACAGCAGCAGGGGCAAAAUUCCCCUUGCAACGAGCUCACGAUGCAGACGUCGGUAAAAACACUGUAAAUAGCUACAAGCUCAGCCAAAAUGAACACUUCUCUCUCACUACACAUAAAGGGGAAAUAGUUACCGCUGAAUUACUGCUCCAGAAAGUUUUAGACAGAGAAAAACAGUCUGUGAUUCGACUCACCCUAACCGCCAUAGAUGGAGGGACUCCUGCCAAAUCAGGCACUAUGAUAAUUAUAAUUAAUGUCUUGGACAUCAAUGAUAAUCCUCCUGUAUUCAGUCAAACACUGUAUAAGGCCAGUGUGCAUGAAAACUCCAAGAUAGGAACAUCGAUAAUAACGUUAAAUGCUACCGACUUGGAUGCAGGCCCCAAUGGAAACAUAUUGUACUCCUUUAGUAAAAUAGACCGUGUGACGAAAACAGAUCUGUUUGCGAUAGACGAAAAAACUGGGACUGUAACAAAUAAAAAGAUUAUUGACUUUGAAGAAAACAAUGCUUUUGAGAUUCGAGUUCAAGCCAGCGAUGGUGCUUCCUCACCAAUGACCUCACAUGCUAAAUUAUUGAUUGAAGUUCUCGACGUCAAUGACAAUGCUCCUGAAAUUUCAGUGACAUCUCUGUUAAAUGCAGUCAAAGAAGAUGCGUCCAUUGGUACUGCCAUAGCUCUUGUUUCAGUGUUUGAUAAAGACGGAGGAAAAAAUGGGAUGGUGAACUGUAAAAUUUCCAAUAACGUUCCUUUUAAAUUGGAGUCAAACUACAAAAAUUACUAUUCUUUGGCGGUGGACGGUCCUCUUGAUAGAGAGAGCGCACCUCAAUAUAAUAUCAGCAUCACUGCUACUGAUGAGGGCAGCCCACCUCUCUCCAGCACGAGCGUUAUUAAUGUACACGUCUCAGAUGUAAAUGAUAAUAAACCUCUAUUCACAGAAAACAUUGUUAAUGUGUAUGUGAAAGAAAACAGUCCAGUAGGAGCAGUAAUUAAAACAGUUUCAGCAGUUGAUGCUGACGUCGAUGAAAAUGGUCGCGUGAGCUAUUCAUUUUUACAGAGUAACAGUAACUCAUUGCCUCUCUCCACUAUGGUAAACAUCAACUCAGAGACAGGAGAUAUAGUCAGCCUACAGUCUUUUAACUAUGAGGAGUUAAAAACGUUUCAGUUUAAAGUUCAGGCCACAGACUCUGGUGUUCCUCCGCUCAGAAGCAACGUGACUGUCAACGUUUUAAUUCUGGAUGAAAAUGACAACAACCCAACAAUCCUCGCGCCCUAUUCUGAGCACGGCUCCGUUAACAGUGAGAGCAUCCCCUAUUCUGCUGAAGCGGGAUACUUUGUGGCAAAGAUCAGGGCUGUAGACGCAGACUCUGGAUACAAUGCGCUGCUUUCUUAUCACCUCUCUGAGCCCAAAGGAAACAACCUCUUCCGGAUCGGAACCAGCACCGGAGAAAUCAGGACUAAGAGGAGAAUGAGUGACAAUGACCUGAAAACUCACCCCUUGGUGGUCUUGGUUUCUGAUAACGGAGAACCCUCCUUGUCAGCUACUGUGUCUAUUGAUGUGGUGGUGGUUGAAAGCACAGCUGACAUCCAGACUCAGUUCAGACAUGUGCCCAUAAAGGAGGACAGCUUCUCUGACUUGAACCUGUAUCUGCUGAUCGCCAUAGUGUCGGUGUCAGUCAUCUUUCUGCUGAGCCUCAUCAGUUUAAUAGCUGUCAAAUGCCACAGGACAGACGGCAGUUUCAGCAGGUACAGCGCCCCAAUGAUCACCACCCACCCUGACGGGAGCUGGUCUUACUCCAAGGCUACUCAGCAGUAUGACGUGUGUUUCAGCUCAGACACACUGAAGAGUGACGUAGUGGUUUUCCCCGCACCGUUUCCGCCAGCAGAUGCUGAACUGAUCAGUAUUAACGGGGGAGACACUUUUACCAGAACUCAGACUUUACCCAAUAAAGAGAAGGCUGUGUAA